AUGGUUGACUUUGCACUCGCUCUCGAACCGGAUAAACAACUCGCUGCUAUUGUUAAAAAGUACACGAACCUUUUGGCUGACGGAACAGUCAACCAGACAGCAUACGGCCCACUCAAAAAUCGUCCCGCGCCGGUAUUCAUUAAGAUCAACACAUGGGCUGACAAUCUGGAGACCUCGGAUGUUCAGCUUGGGGUCUGGGUCGCAGCAUGGCACGAGAGCCUGCGCAGCAUCAUGAGGCGCGGUGGGAUGGUUGAGCGGAUCAUUACAGUUCCUCUCAUUCAGAUUUCGGGAGGUUCCUGGACCGUUAUGUUUGCAGUGGAUGGUGGGAAUGAAGUCCAGAUUCUUUAUGCCGGGCAUUCUACCAUUGGCAAUAGCGGUACGUUGACGGGCAUGUACCAGCUUCAAGCUGCAUUCAAGGCAAUUACCGACUGGAUGGAGGGACCGUUCAAGGCUUGGAUCACCCAAGUUCUUACAAGGGCAUUGGCGCAGUCAUGA